CAGAAGCAGCAGGGACUUAGGAACUCAGCAGAAAUUUCACACAACGUGUUCCUUUUCCUCGUGUCUGUGGACAUCUAACUCUUGGCUGCUCUCUUAGCCAAGCUUGAUGUUACAGAUUUUCUUGGUCACAUUACUAUUACUGUAAGUUAUAGGUGUAGGGGACAUAAGUCUGGUAUUGGAAGGUGUCGGGGAGGCACCUUCUGUAUGCAAGUAGAUGUGUGUAUACUCAAGUAGACAUGUAUGUAUAUGAGCUUUGUGUGUGUGUGUGUGAGAGAGAAAGAGAGAGAGAGACAGACAGACAGACAGACACACACACACACACACACACACACAGAGAGAGAGAGAGAGAGAGAGAGAGAGAGAGAGAGAGAGAGAGAGAGAGAGAUUAGACCUGUAUGUGUACAUAGGCACAUCUACAUGGACUGGUGUGUAUGCACACAGAUAUCUUUUUUGGUUAAGAGCUUAGCCUUUAACAGACGAGCUAUCUCUCUAGCCCCAUAUAGGUGUCUGCACACAGGUGUGUGUAUGUGUGUGAGUGUGUGUGUGUGUGUGUGUGUGUGUGUGCACGCAGGCAAGCAUGUGCAAGGGCAGGCUUGUGUCUGAAUGUGUACAUUCUACAGUGGUCAUGCUCAAGGAACCCUCUCUGAACAGAAACUCCCUCCCACUCUCCCUGACCAGCGUCCAGUCCAGGCUCCGGUGGGGACAGGGUGCCCUUGAUGCUACCUGCCUACCCCCUCCAGUGCAGCCCUUCUCCUUGGCCAAAGAGGACAACAGGCAGGACGUUGGUACUCACUGCUGUGGGCUGUGCUUGGUACCCGUGGUCCAGUUUCCCAACCUCAGAUCCCAAGAGACCCUGCACGAGCAGCCCCAUUUCCUGUCCUCCUGGCUCCAUCUCCUCAUUGGAACUAGCAAGCUGCAGGAAGCUUUCUCAGCAGCCGAGAGCAGCAGCCAGGAGCAGCCACAGCAGCAGCAGCCCGAGUAGCAGCAGCCCGAGUAGCAGCAGCAGGCAGCAGCACCCUUCAAAUUGGGUCUCUAGCCCUUUAAAUCUGCUCAGUUACCAAAAAAGAAGAGGCAUCAGACCCUGUUAAUUAAAGCUCGCCCUGGUCCAUCAGGCUGAGGAGCUGCAGUGCUCUGUUCCUUCAGAUGGCUUAGCGACUCUCCCCCAACUCCACAGCCAUGGAUCUUGGAGCACUUCUCCCGAGAUCAGCAGGAGAGUCUCAAUGUCUUCGCUGACGCUCCUUUGAUGUACCCCCAAAUCUCUGACCACAUCACCCUGGACCCCCGAUGCGGCUGCCUGAGCAACCUGGAGAUGGAAAGCCUGAGAAUGAGACAAAGGGGGACCAAGAAACCCCCGAAAGGGGAGAGGAGCCACGGAGAAGCCCAGCCCCUGACUUCCCCACCUGGCAAGUCUCCCCCCAACCCCAAAUCCCUGGAUCUAGAUUGCUUUGCAACUCCCAGGGAAAAGAUGCCGUUCCACCAUGUAACUGCUGGCUUGUUGUACAAGGGGAAUUACCUCAACCGAUCUCUGUCUGCAGGCAGCGACAGUGAGCAGUUGGCUAAUAUCUCUGUGGAAGAACUCGAUGAAAUCCGAGAAGCCUUCCGUGUUCUGGACAGAGAUGGGAACGGCUUCAUCUCUAAGCAGGAGCUGGGCAUGGCGAUGCGUUCUUUGGGGUACAUGCCAAGCGAAGUGGAACUGGCUAUCAUCAUGCAGCGCCUGGACAUGGACGGAGAUGGGCAGGUAGAUUUUGAUGAAUUCAUGACGAUUCUUGGACCCAAGCUGGUAUCAUCCGAAGGUCGAGAUGGUUUUCUUGGAAAUACGAUAGACAGUAUCUUCUGGCAGUUCGACAUGCAGAGAGUCACUCUGGAAGAGCUGAAGCAUAUCCUGUACCAUGCCUUCCGGGAUCACUUAACAAUGAAGGACAUUGAGAACAUUAUUAUCAACGAGGAGGAGAGUUUGAACGAGACCUCGGGGAACUGCCAGACAGAGUUUGAAGGAGUCCAUUCGCAGAAACAGAACCGGCAGACCUGCGUCCGCAAGAGCCUCAUAUGCGCCUUUGCCAUGGCCUUUAUCAUAAGCGUCAUGCUGAUCGCAGCCAACCAGAUCCUGCGGAGCGGCAUGGAGUAGCAGUCUCCCACCAGCCACACCGCGUUGCCAGCUCACCGCGCAUGUGCAUGCCCCGCGGGCAGACUCUGUUCCUUCACACAGGAGAUCUGGACCUUUGGAUGGAUGCAAGCGUUGGUACCGUUCAAUAAAAACUCGAGUUUGCAGUGCAACCGGGCUCACGGAUCAACUCCAUCUCCUUGGCAGGGACACAAAAGGGCUGUCUUCAAUGCUUUCAUGGUUUUGUUUCCCAAUGCAAUAAAUAGCCAGGAGCUCUCAGUUAUUGCUUCAACCGCCAGUAACAACUCUGAAGCAAGGGGGAAAAAAUACUGCUUUCUUUUCGUCUUGGAAUUCCAGUAGCCAUCCAGAUAUCAUGGUGGCAUCUGAGGGCGAGAAAGAAAGACAGACGUGAGUAACAGUCACCUCCAUCCAUGACCCAAUUCUUUCAACCCAGGGAUGCAUUGAGACUCCCUGCUGAAGUUGACUUCUGGGUUGCUACAGAAAAGGGGACUUUCCAUCUCACCCUGGCUUCCUGCCUCCACCCAGUGGAGACCCCUCCCACCAAGGCACGGAGGGGGAAAGCCAUUAAGCAGGGCGCAACUCCUUUGCAGUCCCCGCUGCUGUUCUUAAUCGCCUUUUCUACAGGACUCUUGUCGGUAGAGCUGGGGCACUCUCGGUUGGUUUCCACGGCUCUUGGCUUUCUGUUUCUGAAGUCCAUCCCGCACCAGCAUCUUGGAAUCUGCAGAGAGCCUGGCUCCCAGCUUUCUUGCCUGUGCCGCCAUUAGAGAAAAAAAAGAAAAAGAAAAAAUAUUCCAUAACCUGUGUGUCUCUAUAACCCAGACACGUAGACAGACAGGGGACUUUUCUGUGUAAUGCUGUUUUUCCCAAAUUGCUUACUUUGGACAUGAACUUGUUCUCUAUCUCACACCUGUCUGUGCUUCUUUAGAGAAAAGGAUGCAGUAACUAGGGUAGAGGAAGGAAUGAGUCUGGCAGUGAGGAGGCCUAGACCCCAGGCAUCUGAAGUAACAGAGCCGCUCCGAGUCGCCAUAUUUGAUAAUAUCUGUAACUUUAGAUUGGUGUACAUCUAACCUUCCCCUCAUCGUGGACUUUAUUAGUGAGCCUUUCCCCAGCUAAGGAAAGGACACCUAGAACUUGAAGCAAAAAGAUGGAAGGAUCAGAUUGCUGUGUUUUGCUUAAUAACUCAUGAAAUUCAGGUUGUGCUGAUGACUCAUUAAAAAAAAAAAAAAAGACAGAUGCUAAUGCGCGUGGCUGAUAGGGCAGAGACUUGAUCGCUGUUCUGAUCCCAGAACACUUCCACUGGGGCAGAGAACUGAAUAUCUGGGUCUGAAUUUAGUGGCAGGCCAAGACUCUCAUUUCUUCAAGAUUUCCUGGAUUCACUAUGAAUUUAAGCCCCACUGGUCGGAUUUAGCUAGUCCUCUAUAGACGUGCUAACUCCCUUUGUGUUUUUCUCACCCUAAGUCUUUAUUUCUGUAACGAAAUUGUCCUGUUCUAACUUCGGAUCUCAGCUGGAAGAUCCCCAAUUCCCCUUCCCCUUCCCCUUCCCCUUCGCCCUCCGCCUCCGCCUCCGCCUCCCCCUCCCCCUCCCCCUCCCCCUCACCCUCACCCUCACCCUCACCCUCACCCUCCCCACUUCCUCCAGCCACACAGAGGUACUGGCGGCGUUGCUGUUGCUUUCUAUGUUCUGCUGGGUAGGUGUUUAUGGUGCGAUGCAUAUUCCUCUAGCCUACUUCCCCCGCUCUGCUCCCUCCUUACUCCCUUCUUAGACCUGGAUCACGCAAGGUCUCCACAUAGGGUCUUCCUCCAGUUCACCUCUACCUGUGCUCCAUGCAGUAGUAUGGGGACAGCUCUAGCAAUUUUCCCUCUGUAGAGUGUGAAUAUUCACCAAGAGCACAAGUCAAACUAGGUUUGAGCCAUAGCAUACUGAGGAAGGAGCAGGUCGGAGGUCCCAAGACGCCCGAGGGGCACAGAGUCACUUCGUAAAACUGUCUGGAGUCUAAAACAUCCGGGCAGCAGCCUGCCUUCCUUUCUUCCGGUGCCCUUUGCAAACCUGCCCGUUUUUGUUCCUUCUGUAGGCUGAGUCACCACGGUCCCCUUAGGACCAGACUCCUGAACUAGAAUAAGUAGAGACACAGAAUAUUAAUAGACUGCCCAACAUCCCACCCCUUCAGUUUCUUCCUGGGGCAAUUGCCUUCUCUCUGCCAGCUGUGUAUAAGAAGGCAAGCAUGGUUGGUGGCAACGUGUUUCCCUAUAAUCAGCUGACGUUUGAACUUCCAAACUGCCCCCCCUCCCCGGAAUCUGGUGAGCGGAUCUAGAAAGUGCAGGGCUUUAAGGACCCGAAAGCAGCGGAUACGGUGCCACAAGUGAGAUUGGCGCUCAAGGUGGAACAUAAGGGCUUCUUCGAAUGUUGCUUUUCUCCAAGCUCUGCCCCAUACUGAAGAAUGCUGAUCCCACAAGAUGCAGGGUUUAGAUUUCAUCAGCAAUGAGCAGAGAUGUGAUGAAAGCCCGUUUCCUACUGAUGGGACACUGCGUGACAGGUCUCGCGUGGGAGGGUUUUUAUUAAAGAGGAAGGGGGCACAGAAUGGGUUCUGGAUGAAAGAAGAAGAGAGUGGGGGAAGGGAGAACGUGGCUUUUACUGGCGCUGCGCAAGGGGCCCUGCAACGACCGGCGAAAGAUAGUGAUGGCGUCUUGUCGUGAGGUCCCUCAAAAGCUGGCUGUAAAGAUGCCUGAUGGCCGCGGAGUCACUUUUGGCUGUCGUGGAUGUGCCUGAUUGCGAAUAUCUACAAGGGCGUGAGCACCUUCUCCCAAUAUUAUGGAAGGAAAGACAGGAAAGAAGUCAUCAGAUUCCCUCUGACAGCCCAUAAAUUAAUUUCCCAGCACCCUCCUCAUCUGAGGCACACAGGAACUGAAUGCAUCAGUGCAGGAAGUCUGGGCUAGUGGUGACCUUUAGACUUGGAGGGCUAAAAGUCUGCUAAGGUGGCCUACCCUCUGGCUGCUUUGCUUGUGUUAAGUCUUUGAUAUAUUUAUGGUGUUUGGGCUUCUUUUUCAGGCAGCCCUAUUGUCAGGCCUGUUCACAUAAGUGCUACCCCAAGGUUCCCUGUCACCAACAUCCUCAUGACAGUAAUUGGGGAGGAGUUGGUUGGCUGAUGGUUCCAGAAAGUUCUGCUUCCUCAUGCUCAAGGAAAGCCAUACACGAGCAGCUGAGACACCCUCUGAAGGAGAGGCAGGAGGCCUUUUCUGCCUUGCCUGUGACUGGACUUAGGAAAUGGUGACAGAGGCUGGCCAGCCAUGGGAUGACUCAGUAACUGGCUCAUUCUUGCUCCCAGCUCAGGUCCACAUCCCCAGACCUUCGUGAGUGACAGACACCAGGACAGCAAUUUACCUGGGACAGAAAGACAAGCUGAUUCUGAACCCCUUUGCUUCCAAACAAAUCGUUCCCCUCGCUGUCCCAGAUGUCGACUGGAACUGUUAACGGAGGUUCCCAGAAUGUGUGCAAGUUCCUUGUGAGAGCUAUAAGAGGUUGCCAUAGCAACCAUUGCAUCUACCCUGAGUUUGUCAAGGCACAGAGGGAACACUUAAAGAACCUAGACCCUACCUGCCUGCACUACGACUCCCAGACUCCAUCUCCUGCUGAGAUGGGAAAUUAACCUCCAAUAAUUGUAUGGCUUCCCUGCCUUUUUCCUAUUGUAUUGAAUGUGUCUGUCCCCUCCCCCCAACUCAGGAGAAAAUGAGUCAGCCUCCUCAGCUCUACUCUUAUCUCACCUCCCAGAACAAGACUCUCUACAUAUCAGGGGCAAUAAAACCACCCCAAAUCACCUGGCAGGCAAAAACCACAAAAAGGAAGCCUGCUGUCUUUAAAAGUAUCUGCUUGCUUGCCGAGCUCCUCCAUCCAGAAAGCCAAAACUAUGAACAGAGGUGAGCUAGGAUUCUCAUUGAAUUCUUGGGCAACCUCAGUGAUUGUGGGAAGUUCUAGGUGGUGAAUAUGCAGAGACUGGAGCCUCUCCCUAGGCGUCUUCCAUGCCUGCUCCUAUCUCAAAGUUUAUAUGAGAAGUGGUCUAGUAUUUGAAAGAAUGGGAUAGAAAAAGAAAACAAAAGAAAGAAAAUGGGGAAAAGGGUGCCUGUGUUGAGAGCCUCUCUCCUAGCCUGCAGUCACUGACUCUCAGUGUAAUUGGAGAAUCUAAGAGCAGGGAGAGAGACAGCUGGCUUUUAUUGCAAACUCCUCCUAUGGGCUCAAGUCCAGACUCAGGUCAUAAAUCAAAGAACAUUGUGUACAUUGCUUCUUUGGAUCUGAGACUGGUAGUGUCCCUGGGCUCCUAUGAGGGCAUCAUCAGAAGAUGAACAAGGUGACUGUUGGGGAUGCUUUCUGGAUGGGGAAUGACUUGGCUAUGCCUGGCCGCAUGUUGUGUGUGGAACUGUUUCCUCGCGUUCCCUCGGUUUCUCUCUUUGUAGAAAGUGCUAAGUUUUGUACCUCAAAGCAUACUAGGUCAUGUCUCUAUACUAUAUUCCUAAAGGUCCACAGCUACCCUAAUCUACCCUGUUACCUAAGAUCCACAGAGAGUCUGGAACCUUGUUGUGAAAAGGGUCCUUAUUUUUAUAUAAUGCUAUGAAGAGGAUGCAGGUGAGCUCCGAUGAAUCUUCUAGACUUUGGCACAUACUGUUUCUAUGACCCGGAGGUCCACAGAAUCCCGCUCCCUGGGAAGCAUCCAUCCUGUAGGGCUGAGAGUCCAGAACUCACAGCCACUUUCCCUCCCUCCACACUGACUCCUUGACUCCCCUCCUCCACAAGAAGAAAAAAAAAAUCCCAUUUCUGGAAUAGAAGAGCUAUGCAGCCAUUAGAGUUUUUAAUUUGAAUUAUUUAUAGUCAGAAUAGACAUGAAUAGAAUGAGAAGCUAGGCCACCUCGUCUUGUCCCCAUCCCCCAUGAUCAUGUAAAUGUCACAGUUGCUUAACUUCAUGCCAUCUGCACUUGGACUAACUCACUCAGGGGACUGUUCUCAACUAUGUGACCUUGCCACAGUAGGUUUGGAGGAAGGGGGUCAGGUGUACCAGGUGUACUAACUAAACCUUCUCUUAGGAUCCUAUGCUCGCAGAAGCAUACCGUCAUGUUAACAUAAAUCGUUUAUAUUUAAUACUGGUUCUAAUCUAAAAUACCACAAAGAAUGAUUGGUUCCGUUAGAUGUGGGAGAACAUGCUUUUAAUUCCCGGCACUUGGCAAACUGAGGCAGGAGCAUUGAAGUCCAACAUCUGCCUGGACUGUGGAGCAAGUUCAAGGGCAGCCUGAGUCCCAUGGUGAAGUUUCAGGCAAGCCUGGACUACAUACAGAGUUCUGGGCUAGCAUGAGCUAACAUAGUGGGACUCCUUCCUACUAAAAGAAAAAAAGAAUCAGUUUUUUUCCCCCAGUUGCACGAAACAGAUCCCUGUACCUCAACAUUACCUGCCUAGCUAUCUUGGAUAAUUUGUCAACUGGGGACACCCCACAUGCUGGACAUGGGGUCACCCUUUCCUUCCGGCAGGGUAUCUUGGCUUUUGAACCAGUGCUUUCUUUAUAAGUUGUCAGAAGUUAUCCAAGCAGGAGUAGUGGGGUAUAACUAUCAUCCUAGGAGUUCAAGGUCAUCCUCUUCUACUAGCAGCACACACACACUCACACAUACACACACACACACACUCACACAUACACACACAUACACACACUCACACAUACACACACAUACACACACUCACACAUACACACACAUACACACAUACACAUACACACACAUACUCGCACACACAUACACACACAUACACACACAUACACACACACACACACACACACACACACAGAGUGACACAGUGGGGGUAGGGGUAGGGAGAAGGAGGGAGUUCUCUAAAUGGAAGGAGGCAGAGGCUAGAAUUUUCCAGAAAGUAGAUUCAUUGGGAGAGACUAUAUCAGGGAAUGUAGUUUCACCCAGAAUGUUUGCUCCAUCCUGGGACCUGACAGAGAUCAAGUUUUUAAAGGGCUGAUAGAUGCUGGUCCCUGUUUGUCUGGCCUACUUUAAGAAUGGCCAAGGGAUGCACUGUCAGGCACUGUCUAUCAACAUGCUCCCACCACAGCUCUGUGGAUGCCAAUAGGAGAUUAGUACCUCCCCUGAGUGGAUGCUGACCCCCUACAAGCCCAGCAUGCCUUGCCUGAGGCUCUGAGACCUGUGAACAGGGGCCAGAAAGCAGAAUAGAAAAAAAACCCAAGCGUUUUUCUAUUUGGGAAGGGCACUGUCAUUUUGGAAGGGCACCAGAAAUAGGACUCUUGCUGCUGGAAGCCAGGGAAAAUAUAUACGUUCCUAAUGGAAAGGAUUGAGGGUCGCAUCACACAGGGGUGCAAGCUAGUUUUGUGACAUGAGUUUGGUGACGUGUUUUCUUUUUGGGGCCCACUGUUUCCCGGCCAAUGUGUCACCUGUCACACAGGUUAGUGAGGCUUUCGUUUAUUCCCUAAAAGCUUGCUGAAUCAAGAUGAGCUUUCAUGUCCUUGUCUUGGCCAGCCUGAAAAAGAAGGAGAUUUGGUCCCCUAGAUGAAGGUCCCAUGGACUCUGAAUCCAUGAGUCAGUAGGUUGAAACAAAAGCCAGAUUCCCUGGAAACCAUGUUCCCUGAAUCCAUCCGAGGAUGCUUAAUUGGAAACCUUCCAAAUACAGGAUGGACACACCCUGCUUUGUCACCCCCCCCCCCCCACUACCACAUUGCUUUCUCCCUGGACACUGAAUGUAGCAGCCGUUCAAGCACACGUGGUCCUGGCUUGGAAUCAUUCAUAAUUCUAGAGAAGAUAGAAAGCCGCAUCUCUAAUGACUGCCAGGAAGUGGAUGAGAAGUCCGGGAUGUAGGACCAGCGACCUGCAGCUGUUCUUAGAUAGCCAGAGACUAGCGCCGGACACAUGUUUGUCGUAGCUGUGUUCCCACCAUAGCAAGAGACACGGGCAGAGAGGGAGCAGCAACAGGGUCCCCAAGUCUUUGUCUCUUCUUCUUCAUUUCACCUCAGAGCCUGUUUGAGCCAGGCAUGGUGGCAUGCGGUCCCAGCACAUGGGAGGCAGAGGCAGGAAGAACGUGUUGAGUUAGAGAGCAGACUGGGCUACAUGGUGAGUGCCGGGCCAGCCGGGGCUACAGUGUAAGAUCUUGUCUCCUAAACAAUACAAAGAAAACAAUAAAAUUCUACUUCCUGCCCUCAGUUCCUGCUUCCUGAAGCAGCCCGAGGUCUAGUCAAUGUUCACAGGCAAACCACAUCGUUCUUCCCGGAGAAGACGGGUCUAGAGAAAGGUCUCUCUCAGCUCCUGAUUACAAGUUCACAUAGAUGGGGGACUCGGAGUAAUCCUUAGGGAACUCUCCAUUGACUCCUCACCGGCAGUUUGGUUUCUCUUCCACAAGUUCAGAAAGAAGUUAAUUGUCCAAGACAAAGCCAUGGUGAUGCUCGUGAAAGCCAUUCAGACUCCAAAAGUCUGGUCCUGCCAGGUGUGGGCGAGCUGUGGUCCUCGGGCGAGUACAGGUCAUUAACUUAUUCUCAAAGCACAGAUGUAAAUGUCUGGGAUUUAAACCCUACGCACAGGGUGACUCUGAAGCACAGGUAAAGACUGUUCUAAUCAGGAGCUUCUUGCCUCUUUCUUCCAGAAUGUUCCAGUCGGAUGUCAAUCAUGCAUCUCAAUUUCCCAUUGUACCUCAUUUGUAUUCUUUGGGGGGGGGGUUCGUUUAUUUUUCCCCCCUCAUUUAGCGUUAGUUGGUGAUUUUCUGCUAUUAAGUGGUGAGACAGCAGGUUAGUGAAAUAAAGAAAAAUAUCUUUAUAUCAAGUGUAAAUAUUAACCUACAUGAACUUGGCAUGCAACUUAAGUGACCCAAUGAAGCGAUAUUAUUAACAUGUUAUCUUACUGUAUAAAGGGAAAAUGGUUGCCAUAUAUGUACCCGAUGUUUUCUGUAACUAAACUUGUCUGUAAAUAUAUAAUCUUAUUUAAAAAAAGAGUCUAAUUUACCAUUAUUUAUGCAAUAGAAAAAAAUAAAAGUUCUUUUUUUUUUCUUCCUUUU